GUAAAUUAUUCUUGUGGACUGUGGUUGUAUGUGGUUUUCCGGUGUUUUUUUUUGUUCUACUUUCGUUAUCACAGAGUGCGGCUGAUAACAGUACAAAGUACAACAACGAAAUUGUUUCGAAAAAGACCAAACGAAAACAAGACUGACACAACGACAGAAUAUAGCUGUUGCACUAUAGUAUCACCGAACUCUAGACAAUAACUUUAAUUAUUAAUUAUUAUUAUUAGUUAUUACACAUCGAGCAAAUCGGGAAACUCCGUAUAUUUUUUAGCAUCGUCAUUAUGUUCCCGAACGGCUUUUGUCUUUUUUAAAUUUCAUUAAUACCAAAUACAGACGACAGAUUCGCAUAUUUAGCCGAGGAGACACGAUGAUCACUAAGUUAAUUUUGGCAUAUUUGGCUAUGAACACUAUUGACACAAGCAAUGCGGAAGAGUUCAAAUGCAAGAAGUUUGCCGACGGAUCGGUCUAUCCAUCCAGCACCAUCGAAUCUACCAAUCACAAAUUGCAGUACACCAAAGCAUUGAUAUCAAAACCAGCUCCUGAUUGGAAGAGCACAGCUGUCAUUAAUGGUUCAUUGCAAGAGCUGAAGCUAAAAGAUUUUCGUGGGAAGUAUUUAGUGUUCUUCUUUUACCCAUUGGACUUCACAUUUGUUUGCCCAACAGAAAUAUUAGCUUUCAAUGACCGUAUUGAGGAGUUUCGGAGGAUCGAUGCCAAUGUUGUUGCGGCAUCAGUAGACUCACAUUUUACACAUUUGGCUUGGGUAAACACACCACGAAAGGAUGGUGGUUUGGGUAACUUGUCAAUCCCCCUGUUGUCUGACAUGACUCAUAAAAUAUCCAAAGAUUAUGGUGUUUAUUUGAGCGAUGUUGGUCAUUCCCUAAGGGGACUUUUUAUUAUAGACAAUAGAGGUAUACUCCGACAAAUCACAAUGAAUGACUUGCCAGUCGGUCGAAGUGUAGAUGAAACUCUAAGACUAGUACAAGCAUUUCAAUAUACAGAUAUGCACGGAGAAGUAUGUCCUGCUAAUUGGAAACCUGGUGAACAAACGAUAAUUCCUGACCCUAUUAAGAAGAAAGAAUAUUUUGAUAGACUGAUCGAAUUAUAACCUACCUGUGUGGAGAUCUCUUAAUUGCCAAAACAUAAUUAUUUAUAACUUAUAAAGCAUCACAAAGACACAAACAUAUAAACAUUAAAUAAUAUUUUUUUUAUUUCAACAUAA